AUGUACGCCUUUACGACGGAUAAUGGACCCUGCCACUCCAUUGAUCCCGCCCGACAAUCGUUUACGGUGCCGGAUCUUGAAGAUUACGCGAUGCAGACGCGACGCCGAAGGCCGGACAUGAUCAACACAACACAGUCAGAACAAUUGCAAGAACCUACGCCCAAGAACGACGACCACACUCUGCUCUGA